AUGGUCGGAAAGAGAGCUCUUCCAGCCGGAGUGGACCCCGUACGCAAACACUCGAGCAAAACACCAAGACCAUGGAGCUCUCGAAGUGCUGGCAGUCGGAGAGAUCUUGAGAGAGGAAACAGUUAUYACGACGAGGUGACAAACGGUAAUGGCAACGGAUAUGCAGAUGCCAAAGGAAAUGCUAGACCUCGUCCCAGGAUUUGGCGUUUCAAGGAUGCUGCGAGGACAGCUUUGGAGGAUAAACACCGAGACGAUCUGAAGAAGGCUUUGCUGGACAAUGUCAAAAGAGAUGAAUUGGAGUGUUUCCGGAAAAGUGAUGAAGAGCUCAAGGAGAUCAAGAACAAAGCUGUGCGGAAGUUCUAUGAGGACCAGAACGAGAGGCUUAAUGACUGGCUACAUGUCGAUGCCAUUGUGAUGGCAGUCGCUGAUGAUGUCCUUGAAUCUAUGGAUCCGGAUCCUGACAGAGAUGGUAUUGCAGAGCGUCAUGGAGGCCUUCAAGACCAUGCAGGUCACAUUCAAGAACUGCUCCCUCAGGAGGAGCAGGAUAAACGGGCAAAUGCUGCCUGGAAGGCGAAGUGGGCGAUUAACAUCAACGUCAUUGCAAACAUUAUUCUGCUGAUUGGAAAGAUCGUGGCUGCGUUCAGCAGCGGUUCUCUAUCGCUCAUCGCAUCACUGGUUGAUUCUGCUCUGGAUCUGCUUUGCACGCUCAUCGUGUGGACUACCAACAAACUGGUGGCAUGGAGACUAAACGCACUACAACGACGCUUUCCAGUUGGAAGACAACGUCUGGAGCCCCUGGGGAUUCUGGUCUUCUCUAUCAUCAUGGUCAUCUCCUUUGCACAAAUCUUGCAGGAGUCUGUGGAGAAACUAAUGCCAUUGAAGGGCAAAGCAGAGUCUCUCCCGCCAGUAGCUAUCGGAGCCAUGGGGGCCACUAUACUCAUCAAAGGCAUUAUAUUCUUCGGCUGUAUUCCUAUCAAGACGACACAAGUACAAGCCUUAGCUCAGGACUGCAAAACGGAUGUCAUCUUUAAUACCCUCACCCUCGCGUUUCCUCUGAUCGGCUCCGUCGCAGAUGUAUGGUGGUUGGACCCUGCCGGCGCUGGCCUGCUUUCUCUGUAUAUCAUCUACGACUGGGCAUCCACUUCCUUUGCGAAUGUCACGCGACUUUCAGGAGAAGCAGCGGACGACAACCUCACUAAGAAGCUCAUGUAUCUUGCUUACCGCUUMAGUCCGGUUGUUCAGGGCUUUAAAAGCGUGACGGCCUACCAUGCGGGAGACGGAGUCUGGGCUGAAUUUGACAUCCUUCUGGAUCCCAACACGAAGCUUUCGAGGUCGCAUGAUAUUGCGGAGACGCUACAGUAUUGUUGCGAGGGCCUUGAUGAGAUCGAUCGGGCCUUUGUUACGACGGAUUAUAGUUCCAGUGGACCUACGGGACAUGCUGCUUGA